AUGGGCGAAGAACUUCCUGUGGAUGACUGUGUAGCGUGUUCAGAUGGAGGUUAUCAGGAAUAUUGUCUUACAGUGAUGCACUUUGCACUGGACAAAGAGGUCAAACUGGUUGUGAAGAAGACUGGAGGGAAUCUCUGUCAAUUAAACAGUGACACAGUUCAAUUCUACCCUUCGAUGCUGUUGACUGAUGACAAGGCUGUCGAAGCUAUUGAGACGUACUUCCCUAGUAUCGCAGAACGUGUCAACCAUGAUACGACCUUGAUGCAGGAAUGCACGGUUUGUUUUGGUGAAAUGGAGAUCACUGGGCUCGCUUUUCCUUCGUAA